AGUUUGAGGUUAAAAUGCCAACUAAAAGUUUCAUUUUCAAAUUUCACCAAUCCGCAUAUGUAGGCGGAAAACGAUGGCAAUAAUCAUUCAGCAUUAAACUCUAAAACUGUCUGUAAUGUUUGUGUCUAUGCAGUGGAUCAUAAACUAAGCAAUACGUUUGUAUUUCAGUUUCAUUCAGACGUUAUGAAGUUAAUAAAUGUCUAUCAGAUAACUUCAACAUGUAACCAAGAAGACGAAUAAACAAAGAUAUUCAUUUCCGCCUGGCACUAACCAUAUAUUCCUUCACAAUACUAAGCCAGGGAAAGGUCCCCAAUGAAACCCCUGCAUUCCCAUAUCAUAGACACUCUAAUCUCAACAUUUAUAAGAUUAUAGUUGUAGUGCCUGCAAAUUUUCAUGUUAGAUGAGACUAAAAACUGAGAAACUUCAAUAUACGCAUGUAGUUUUUUUUUUUCUCAUAAAAAGGAUGAUAUCAAGACUCAGAAUUUACACACCAAAUUAUGACAUAACUGAGUAGCACAGAAUGUGUUAAAAAGAAAAACAUUCGUCAAAUGUAGCAAAGUCAUGUACAUUCCAUGAAAGAAGCUUAAAAUCAAAGGGAUAGAAAAACGUCAAAAUGUAUACAGUUGAAAAGACUAAUAUAGAGCAAAACCUGUGUGAUUCACAGCUCAAAUUAAUGGCAGCACUUGGGACACUGAUCACUGACAUUUAUCUUUAACGAUGGUGCUAGUGUAUGACUACCAUUAAAAUAAUUACUGCAACAUUAAUGAGUAUUUCAGGCCAAUAUAUAGUUUUUUUUCUAUUUAAAAUCUUUGAACAUGCCGAUUCUGUUUUCAACUGUUUAUUUUGACAUGUUUUAUAUGCAUUAUUUAAUCAUGAAGAGUGCAUAUUUACAAAGAACAACCAGUGGUCAUCACCAGGAGGAGCAGUGAGAUAAUGACAUCUAAGAGAGUGUUUCAGCCUAAAAGUGAAUGUCCUGUAUUUGUAGCAACUGCCUGAUCUUUCAUAUUUGCAAUCUCUGAUCUCAGGCUGAGCACGCAGGGUGAGCUCUGGUCCCGCUCGCCCCGUGGAAAGCGGCCUACCAUGCCUACAGAUCCUGGUUACGAGGUGGCCCCUGGGGGCCCAGAGUCACGGCAAGGGGGCAUCUCCCGGACAGCUUUGGCCAUGGGUCUGGCAGCCUUUGCAUCUUUCUUUUUGGCUGCCAUCUCACUCUACUUCACCUUGGCCCUGAAGGCUGAGGUGACUGUUCUGCGCUCCCAUUUGUCCUGGGAAAAGAACAGCCACCAGCAGCAGGCAGGCAACGCCGAGAUGUUAAGGGAUGGACAGUGGCACUCCCCCAGUCCACAUGAAGCAAGGCCCACUAUGGAAACACCAAAGGCAAAGGAGCGGGGCACGAGGAUAGUCUUGGAGAAACCAGUGUUUCAGCCUUGCUUGCAGAUGAUAGCAAAUAGCCACGGAAGCAUCAUUCAGAAAGACAGCACAUAUACUGCUAUUCCAUGGCUAGUUGGCCUGAGGAGGGGCGACACCUUGCUGGAGGACAAAAACACCAUCCUGGUAAUAGAGGGGGGGCUCUACCUCGUCUACGGCCAGGUUUAUUACAUGGAUAAGACCUUCGCGAUGGGUCAUGUCAUCAACCGAAUAAAGCAAGAAAUGGUUGGAAACAACCCGCAGAAAAUCCCUUUAUUCCGCUGCAUCCAGAACAUGAACCAAGACCAUCCCUACAACACCUGUUACACAGCAGGGGUAGUGAAGCUGGAGGCCGGGGACCGGGUGGAGCUGUUGAUUCCUCGUCAGACUGCAAACAUCUCCCUCUCUGGAGAGGACACCUUCUUUGGAAUCAUCGGGCUUCUGUGACAUGGGAUAUUUUUGUAGUGAUGGAGGAUGCCAUGGUUAUGAACUGAGCAGCCCACCUUCUUCACAUUGAUUUUUAUCACCUAGUCCUGAUAAAACUGAGUGGAUACAACCUGAAUCAUUAUUUUUGUAUAUUGGUGGCAUUUUGGUCCCGCUGGGUUGGCUUCUAACUGAUGUCACAAGGCCGGAGACCACAGAGCGACUUGAGAACAAGCAUAAAUGCUCUGCUGUAUUACUCUGUCUGCUGAAUUUAACUAAUGGUCCUCAACUGCUGUCACUCAGUUUCUUCUUACGGUGACAAUGUACUAUAGAAGAAGCAUUGUAAAUGAAAGCCACCUUCGAAAGCCACAUGCUAUUGAUGUUAUACUGUAGCUGCAAGUGGAUAGUUUGUUGCGUUUGUAUGCAUCUUGUUAACCUUUCCUUCUGUUUAGAGCUUGACAGAUACGUUCAUUUAUGGGUAUUUAUACCAAAGAUAGGGUAGCUGAUGCAUUUAUUCAAGUAGACGAUUAUAAAUUGAUAAUUUUACCUAUUCAUACAUAUUAAUGUUUUACCAGAUCUAUUCAUGUUCAUUUCUUUUCCACCACUAGAUGGAACUGUGGUCCGGUCAGUUCAAAGAGGAUGUGGCAGUGUGUAAUGUUAGGAGCGGCCUACUGUACAGUGGGUUAGCUGGAAGUGGACAGGGAGAAGCUAAUAGUAUUUAAAAUGGUCAUCUGCCUUAUUGCCAAAACUGCUCUGUCUAUGACAAAUCCUCUAGACAUGUCCUGAAAUGAAUAAUAUUACACUUUCCAGCUAUGUUCACUUAGAGCUAUGAUCAGAAAUUAACAAAAGGAGGAUAGAAACCAGACAGGCUGUACUUUACCAUGUUUUUUUCCUGCCUGAACCCAUUUCCCCCAAAUUAUUUUAUUUGGGUUAUGUAUUUAAAACAAUGAGAUCCUGCUGUAAGACAAAGAAUGGCUAAUUGCUAAUGAAUAUUAAUAUUGACACAUAAAAACAAAAUGUACCCUAGAUACUUUUAAUGAGGGAGAAAUGAGCCUUUGAAAUUUAUGGUGAUAACUGUAGUCUUUCUGCUACUCCCUGCUUGGAUCCAGUGGAUAAAACAGUGACUUUUGGGAAGGCAGUGACUUCCAGUGCACAGUAAUCUUACCCACAGUGGGUUUCACAGCCUCAAUUCUCUGCAAUUUGAGCAGAAAGUUGCCUCUAGGGGGCGCUUUUACCCAAGCCCUGUGAAAGAGAUGAAACACUUGAUCUAAACACUGAAACAAGGUGACAUAGAGGUGAGUGACUGCAGCUGCCAACCAGUCAUCUACCAGAAUGUCACUUUCAUUGUUGUAACUGUCACUUCACUGUGUGUUGGCCGUAUCUGUGAGAACAACCUGAGAAUAUCUGUCUGUAAAGAUGUUCGGAGAUUUUAAUGUACAGGGUGGGGUGGUUUAUGCUGACUAUUGUGGCACUUGCAGUUUUGAGAUGCCGUCUGUCCGAAGGCCUUGUUAUUUUCAACA